AUGCCUGCGCUCGAGCUCGACCGCGACUCGCACCUCGUCCACCUCUUCUCGUCGUCGUCGUCGCGCGGGUCCCGAGCGACUCGCGCUCCUCGCCCACCUCGACGUCAACUAGCAGCGCUACUCAAGCGUCAAGAGCUCCCUUCGACCACCGCCGGCGCGCCCGUCGACGAGCCCACGUCGUCCACUUCGUCCGAGCCCUCGCGCCAAGCCGGCCCGACCUCGACCACCUCGACCGCGACUGCGACCACGUCUGCCACGCCGUCCAGCUCUUCGGUCCCUGCGACGACGACCAUGGACUCGCCCUCGACCUCGCCCGCUCCCGAGACCUCGUCCUCGCCUCCUGCCGAGGCGUCGACCGCGCCCGACCCGACCUCGACCGCCGCGCCAGACCCGACCACGACCCCGGCCCAGACGACGACCGAGCCCGCAUCCUCGACGACGAGCUCCCCUGACCCGCCGUCUUCUAGCUCGACCGCGACCACACCGCCUAGCUCGUCCUCGUCGAGCACGACGACGCCGCCGCCGUCCUCCAGCACGGCCGCCCCGAGCUCGAGCAGCUCGACGUCCGCCCCACCCGCGAGCAGCUCAUCGACGAGCGAUGCUCCCUCGUCCUCCUCGUCGUCGCCCGUCGCCACCGAACCUCCCUCGUCGACCGCCGAGCCGACCUCGACCACCGACCCGGUCGCGAGCGCGACCGAGAGCGCCACGACGACCGACGCUGCGCCGACGAGCUCGACCGCCGAUCCGACAGUGGGCAGCUCGACGACCGCCGGCGCCGAUCCCGUUACGUCUGCCCCUGCUUCCGACGUCGAAACCUCGGCCGAGGAGUACACGCGCACGUCGGCGACCGAGUACACCCUGACGACCUCGGGCACGGUCGUCGUCAUCACUUCGAUCGUGACCGCCGUCGUGAUCGGGCCCGACCCGUCGAGCACCGCCGGCGGCCGCAACCUCAACGGCGCCGACGCCGGCUCGCAGGCCUUCUUCGACAACACGGGCGCCGUCGCGGGCACGUUCGUCGCCGUCGGCCUCGUCGCGGCAGGCGUCAUCGUCGGCCUCGGCUUCUUCUUCCUGCGCCGCAAGCGCCGGCGCCAGCUCGACGAGGACAUUCGCGUCGCGGCCGGCGGCGCGGGCGACGGCGGCGCGGGCAUCAACCGGUUCGAGGACGAGGACGAGGACGAGGAGUCAAUCGGCGGCGGCAUGGGCGGCGGGAGCGAGGGCCACCUGUCGAGCAACUACAUGAGCUCGUACGGGACCGUGCCCCUGACGGCGGCGGCGGCCGGCGCCGGCCUCGCGACGCGCCGCUCGAGCGGCGGCGGCACGACCGACUGGGGCCCGCACCCGGGCGCCGCCGCGAGUCGUCCGUCGUACGAUCUCGGGCACUCGCCGGCGCCGAGCCAGGGCUCGAUCCUGCCUCCCGUCGGCGGCGCAGCCGGGUACGGCUACGGCCCGCCGGCGAGCUACGGCGCGUACAACGGCGGCGCGACGAGCCACGAGGGCGUCCUGCACGACAACUGGGCCGAGUACGUCGAGAGUGCGGGCGCGGGCGCCGGUGCGGGAGCGGGCCUGUACGGCGCAGGGUCGGCCGAGGGCGGCAGCCACGAGGGUUUCGCUCCGAUGAACGCCUCGUCCGAGGAGUCGCACUUCUACCCGAACGGCGAGAUGCAGCAGGUCGCCUCGUUCCGCAACUCGCUUUACGGCAACGCGUUCGACCCGUCGCCCGGCGCCUCGGGCAACGGCAGCGCGUACGGCGGCCUCCAGCAGGAGCCGGCGCCGGCGCCGGCGUCGGGCGCGCACGGACCUCGCGCCGACGAGCGGCUCGACCCGGGCGCAAUUCGCGCCGUCGACAACCACAGCGCGACGAGCUUGGCCGACGAUACCGACUACUCGAGGAGGAUCCUGCGCAUCGCCAACCCGUCGGGCUAGACCCUCCUCCUCCU